AUGGCAAUGUCCACAAGCUCUUCAUCUCUCUCUUCUCUCUCCUCUCUCUCUCUCCACACCUCUCCACGCCUCUCUCUGUCCCCUUUCACAGCUGCCACCACCUCCAUAACCAAACCCAAAAGACCCAUUUCUCUUCUCCUCUCUUCCACCUCCUUGUCACGACCCACCACUGUUAUCUUCAAUGCCGCAGCAGCUGACGUCGAGACCUCCUUCUUCGACAACGAAGACCCCGAAUUCGACGGAGUCUUCGAGCCCCCUGAGGUCCCGGAAGGCUUCGUCCCCCCACCUUCCUUCGACGACGAGUCGUCUGAGACCGAGGACGAGAUCGCCGCAGCUUACGAGGAGCUGUACGGUCCAGCCUACAGUGGCGUGAGCGUUCUGGGCAAUGACAUCUACGUAAUGGACUCUAACGUAAAAAAGACAGGUGCUUUUGGGAAAUUGAAGAAGGAGAAGAUCAGAGAUGGGUUUGAGGAGAGGGUGGUUCAGGUGAGGAGGGUCACCAAGGUGGUUAAAGGAGGCAAGCAGUUGCAUUUCAGAGCUAUUGUGGUGGUCGGUGACAAGCAGGGCCAAGUGGGUGUUGGUGUUGGCAAAGCCAAGGAGGUUAUUGGUGCGGUUCAAAAGUCUGCUGUGAAUGCUAGAAGGAACAUUAUCAGUGUGCCCAUGACCAAGUACCUCACUUUUCCUCAUAGAUCUGAGGGAGAUUAUGGAGCAGCCAAGGUAAUGCUUAGACCUGCGUCUCCCGGUACUGGAGUUAUUGCUGGAGGUUCUGUCAGAAUCGUGCUCGAAAUGGCAGGGGUAGAAAAUGCUCUAGGAAAGCAACUGGGAAGCAAGAAUGCUCUGAACAAUGCCAGAGCGACUGUAGUUGGUAUCCAGAAAAUGCGGCAGUUUAGUGAUGUGGCUCGGGAACGUGGUAUCCCCAUGGAAGAGCUAUGGAAGUGA